AUGGCAUUUGGAUUAUGUAGAUCAAAAAUGAUGAACGGGAUUGUGGCACUCCACUCGCCGCCAAUGCGGAAGGAUGCCGCCGAAAAGAAGGGAACGCUGCUUCGCUCCGCUGGAUGCGUCGGAUCCCGUAUAACAAGGGAUCUUUUUAACAACAAAUUCAAACAUGUGGUCGCAAAAUGCUAUCCAGCUCUUUUGUUGCGUAGCAAUAGAAGCCUGCUCAUGCUGCUUUGGCGGCGCUUUUUCGCCUUCUCUUCGCUCUGGACAGGAGCGCUAGUGGGCACGGGGAGGGAGCAGGCGAAGCGUGUCAUUCGUAAUGAACAGAAAGAUACCACUACUUCGCCUCUUUGUUGGAGCGCCGGCGCGAACACAGUGGUAUCUGACCAGGACCAGAAACUGAUUCGAAUUUGGAUCUUGACAUGUCGGUGGUUUUUAACCGUGGGCAUCAUGCCAGGAAGUUGGUGGGCUCAUCAUGAAUUAGGUCGGGGUGGCUGGUGGUUUCGGGAUCCCGUAGAAAAUGCUUCUUUUAUGCCUUGGGUAUUAGCCACAGCUCGAACCUUUUCAAUACGGUCCGGAUUGCUAGCUUCCGUUCAUAGUUUUGCUACAGAUGAUACACGAGGAAUCUUUUUAUGGCGGUUCUUCCUUCUAAUGACCGGCAUAUCUAUGAUUCUUUUCUCCCAGAUGAAGCAGCAGGCAUCGAUUCUCCAAUUAGUUCUUUUUUUACUUUGGCUAUCCCAAUCCAUCGGAGACUUUCUAGUUUUCGCAGCAUGCGAUGGAGUGGUCGGUGCGGAGGGUCCGCCUUCACCGCCCGUUGUGCAGAUUCCGGAAGCACCUCUGGGGGCCCCAGAACUUCACCCCGAACCACCUGUCAUUCCAGUAUUGGACGAGCCUCUCCAGCCAGAC